AUGAGACAGUACGUGCCAACGUAUAUCAGUAACCGGGGGUUCCGUAACUCAGUGAAGAAACUAAACUCUCAGAAAGAAAUAGUGACUCCAUUAAAACAAGCUGCAAUCAGCAUCAUACUAGGCUACCAGGAUACAGCAGUGGGCAAUCAGCAUCAUACACUAGGCUACCAGGAUACAGCACUAGUCAAUCAGGACCAUAUACUAGGCUACCAGGAUACAGCACUAGUCAAUCAGCAUCAUAUACUAGGCUACCAGGAUACAGCACUAGGCAAUCAGCAUCAUAUACUAGGCUACCAGGAUACAGCACUAGUCAAUCAGCAUCAUAUACUAGGCUACCAGGAUACAGCACUAGGCAAUCAGCAUCGUAUUCAAGGCUACCAGGAUACAGCACUAGUCAGUAGUAAGGGUAAAAUCCCUACCUGGCGGGAUAAAUCCCCGCUCAGCACGUGCGUGUGUGUGCGCGCGCACCCAGCCGCCCUGCCGCAGCGCCAACUCAACCUCCACCACACUCUCCAGUCCAGUCAAUACUGGCGCUCGGCGCGACACGGUAGUAGUGUGGUUCGCACCCCAUUGUCGCGGUCCCAUGGUUUUCCGCAGCUGUCUGCUCACCUCGCCGCCCACCCAGGCUCCAGGAUAGACGACAGGCGGGUGAAGAUGGUGGGGGGCCUGGGGUUGGGGUCUCAAGCCCGUCCCUUUCUGCGCUUGACGUUGUUCGUGUGUCUGUUGGCGUUCCUUAGCGUCUUCUACUUCUUCAGCGACGUCACCUCCGUCGGAUAUCUGGAGUUUGUCCGCCGGACCUCAGAAUUCGAGACCGACUUCUACUACAACACCGGCCCGGCCACUUACCUCCUGGACCCCUCUGACAAUCUGACCCACGCCCCAAGGGAGGGCUACCUGGUGUGGAACCCCUCCUGCCGUAUCCCCGACAUCGACCCAUGGCACGAGAGCAUCCGUCAUCUGAUCCACCGCACGGAACCCUUGGUCUGCUCCACUUUGCCACCCCUCACACGUAUCACCGGACACACCCUGCAGCUGAUCCACGCCAACGCCCAUCUCUACGGCGGGGAGAAGAGUUUCCACUGCUGCUACCAGGAGAUCUCGCGGCGUGAUGCGGACAAGUUCGAUCCCAAAGUCGAUGACAUUUUUAGCGUUGGCCAAUGUAUACCCUUCGUAGACACAGUCAACCUGACCUCAGAGCAGCAGUUCAUCAUGGUCAAGUGCGUGAUUCCCUCGGUUGUGGAAAAACAAAGAGGUCUACACCAACCUGCACGCCGUCGUCCCCGUCCGGAAAGACUCAAAGAGAAACUCCAGGACAACCUGACUCCGGACCGGCAGCGGAUGAGUGUCCUGAUCGUCGGCAUCGACUCGAUAUCCCGCCUAAACCUCAUCAGGACCAUGCCUAAAACUGUGGACUGGCUGCAGAAGAUGGGCUGGGUGGAGAUGAAAGGGUACAACAAGAUUGACGACAACACCUUCCCCAACGUUAUGGCGAUACUGACCGGCAUGAACUACACCCAAGUGCGGAACGAAUGCAUGUUUACCAACAAGAACCCCGUUGACGAGUGUCCUUUCAUCUGGAAAAACUUUUCCGAACAAGGUUACGUAACUGCGUACGGUGAAGAUGAGCCGGUCAUCGGAACAUUCAACUACCAGAAGACCGGUUUCUUCAAAACGCCCACCGACUAUUACCUCAGACCGUUCAUGUUGGCCGCUGAAAAGAACACGGUCCUGAAACGACAAGACGGCUUAAAGAUCUGUCUGGGGCCGACGCUUUCGACCGAUCACAUCUACAAGUACGCUACGGACUUCGCGACCACCUUCCGCAACAACCUCUACUUCGCCCUGUUCUGGAUGAACACCUUGAGCCACAACAACGUGAACACGCCUUCCGCUCUGGACUCGCGAACUCUGAAAUUCCUUCAGGACCUCACACACAACGGGGUGUUGAACAACACGCUCGUGGUGUUCCUCAGCGACCACGGCAUGCGGUUCGGGAAGAUCAGGCAGACCUACGUGGGCUGGCUGGAAGAGAGGCUGCCGUUCAUCUUCAUGUGGAUGCCGGAGUGGUACCGGAAACUGUUCCCGAUGAAGUACGCGAACCUCCUGGACAACCGGGAGAAGCUGACUUCACCGUUCGACCUCCACCUGACGCUGCAGGAGGUGCUGCACGGGGAACACGACAACGGGACGCGGUCCUGUCCGGACUGUGUGUCCAUGUUCGACGAGGUCCCGUGGAACCGGUCGUGCCGUGACGUAGGAGUGACGGAACACUGGUGCACGUGCUCCGAGUACCGGACGUUGUCUACGGAGGGAAAUUCAGUGCGGUCCAUGGUGAGGUUCACCGUCGGGGAGAUCAACAGGCUGUUGGAGGACGGGCGGGAGAUGCUCAAGAACAACACGCGGUGUGCCAAGUUGACUGUGAAGCGAGUGCUGUCUGUUCGCAGCAAAGUCUACGAGCGCAAGCUCGGCUACGACGAGUACGUCGUGCUCUUUGAGACUCUCCCCGGCCAAGCACUUUUCGAGGCCACGGUAGGCCACAGUGGUCAGUUCAAACUGCUAGGCUCUGUCAGUAGAAUUAACACUUUCGGCUCUGAGAGUAAAUGUGUGCUCGAUGCGAUCCUUAAAAAAUAUUGUUAUUGUAUCAAAAGUUAAAGCUGAUAGUUGAAGUACUUCAAAACUAAUUAAGUUCUUAAACAUAAAGGUAAACAUAAUAUGUAAUCUUGCCUUCUUAGAUUUUAAUGAGUUGACGAAGUAAGCAUUGCACAUUUACUCGUGAUGAAUUAUGCGAGUGCCCCUCAAGUAUUUCUGUACUUGGAUGGACUGUAUACACAACCAGUGUAAUUACAGGGAUGGAAUGUAUUUAUGUCGGAUAAGUGCCAUUAAUUCUGAAAGCAUCUUGUUAUCUGUCAAUGUGAGGUUUAUUUUUAAAGUGUCAGGACUGGGAUUAUUACAAAUAAACGUGUUGACCUCGGACCUGCCAUCUUUAAAGUGGUAUGCUACAUAUUUCGUGCAGUUGCCAUUUCACCGCUUGAAGAGUGCUUUAGAGCCACCUAGUGAUCUGCGGCAUUGUGUUCUAUUCCGUAAAAUACGAGUAUCAGUUUUUGCCAGCUCUUAACAUACUUUUAAGUGAAGCUGUAAUUUUUAAGAUCAAUGCAUAUUCAUUAGGGAAAGUAUCAGGUUAGAAGAUGCUCAGCCAAAAACAUUGGGAAAGUUUCAGUUCGUUUUUUCUGGAAUGAUGCAGUUCUAAAUUGUAUGUUUUUCAAGCCUUCGUGGGUAACGUAAACUAAGUAGAACUUACGGUAGAAUUCUGAACAAGAAACAACUUGUUACUACUGUCGCCAUUUGUGCACUCUACAUUAAAAGUGAAGAUCAUUCGUGAAUGAGUGAAUUUCUCAUGCAAUCAUCAAUUAUUAAUAUUUAGUAAGUAUCAUUACAAGAUUCCCCAAGAAUUUAAAUAAUAUAUAACUCGGAUGAUGUCAUGACCAUCAUCUAAAUAUAAACCGGAUCAUCUGUUAACUGAAAAAUUGGCUAUUCACAGCGAUGACAAAAGAUUUUCAACAUUAUUUUCAAUUGUGUUAUUAACAUUUUGACGUGGGAUGAAUUCAAAAAAGUGUAUUGUUAUUUUAAAAAACUUAAAUGAAAAUUAAUUUGAAAGAAAAUCACUAUUAUCAAUUGAAUUAGCAGAGAAAAUUCACCCAUCUUUGUAGGUAAUUCAGAUCAAACUACAAGGAUAGUAUAUCAGUCUAGAUGGAUUUGAAUACACUUUUAAUAAGCGUAAAAACAAUACAUUGUAGGAAGAUAUAGUCGAUAAAUAACUAGAACAGACAAAUAUGAUAGAAGAUAAAUGAGUUUUACAGUUCGGCAACAAAGAAUGACACUGUGAUCUCACAUGGUUUAGUCAAACAAAAAAAAGGAUAUAUUUUUCGGUAAAAUAUGAGGUUUUGAAUCUCUUAAGUUAUGUUUACAACUAGUCAAGUCAGUACUGUGAAUAACAGGGUGGACAAGGGUGUAUGUCCACUUUUACAUACUAUUGGAUAAGAGAGUUGUCUAGUUCAUUCCAGGAAGCUAAGUAGUUAUUCAAACUUUAAGUUAUUGUAUUUCUUGAAAUCUCAUAUUUGUAAGCCGAUAGCGGCCUCAGCGUUUCUGUAAAUGUUCCUAUGUACAUAAUUUAGCAUAUAAGUUAACGGGGUAAGUUUUUAUACCUGUGUAUAUAGUGUAAUUACACGAUAAUUUUUGAUGUUACCAUAACAUUAGUAUGCUACAUGGUAGAAGUUCGAGCGAUCCCUUUGCGCACAAAGAACCUCCAGCUGUCUUCUACUCGCCAGAUAUUUAAUCUCAAUCGCGACGUGUCUGCAGUUCGAAUGGACCCAAAGAACUUACGUUUAAUUCUUUUUUUAAAUACAUUAUUAUUCUGGAUGAUUAAAAAGGACGUUUCAAGAACUGGUAUGUGCCAUGGGAUUUAAUAAAGAAAAAUCCAAAUUAAUAAACUAUGAACAUUUCCGAAUUUUGUUAUUGUUAUACCAACAAAAUAAUUACAUCAAUAUUGUCGACUAAUUUUUUUUUCCUUUUUUCUAGUUAAUACAAAAACAUUGGAAAUUAUGUUUUGUUUAAAUUCUUAAUACACGGAGUGUGUUUUUCCUGUACAUUUUAUGUUUGUCUAUAAAUUUACAAGUAUGACUACGACGCAGUGCAAUGAAAAAAAUGCAAAUGAUGUCCAUCCGAGCUGAGCGACAGAACAUUUAUGGACAUUUGACAGCAAAGGUAGAGUUUUACUUAAACUUCUUGUGUUACUGACAGUAUUAUAAUUUUAAAUUAAUUUAUAGAGUAAAAAUGGAACUUUGUAAUUAAAUUAAAUCUUUGAAAUACAAAUGUCUCUAAAUUAAACCCUUUCUUCACGA